AUGACUCAAACAUACCCUCACUUUGCUUUUUUCUACUUCAGCAGUGGUUAUCCGAUGUCGCUUCAAUUUAGGUUCUUGUACGACACACCAUUUGCCGAGCUGAUUCCAACACUGAACUCCCUCUUGCAAUUUCCAGAAAAUUGGAAGAUGGUCAAACUUGAGUAUCGUUCACCUUCACUUGACCCCGAAGGAAAAGUAAAGUUCACCCCAUUUGAGCUCAAGAACGACGACGAUUUAGAGGUUAUGUGGACAAGUUAUCAACAAUAUUCUUCAAAGGUUUCGAUCGAGUUGGAUGCGAAACUUCAAAGAUCGGGAGAAGAUGUUAACAAAUUGUUGUGCCGUCUUCAACUACCCGUUUAUUGUGUAACGUUAAAUUUUUGUUGA